AUGCCGAUCCUCCUGUUCCUACUAGACACGUCGGCUUCAAUGAACCAGCGCACCGAGCUAGGUACCACGUAUCUAGACAUAGCAAAGAAUGCCGUAGAGAUUUUCCUAAAGCUCCGAGCUCGGGACCCAGCCAGCCGGGGAGACAGGUAUAUGCUGGUCACCUCCGAAGACCCACCCUACUGUAUCAAGGCUGGUUGGAAAGAGAGCCAUGCCACGUUCAUGACUGAACUGAAAAAUCUUCAGGCUUCUGGAUUGACUACUCUUGGUCAGGCUCUGAAGUCUUCAUUUGAUCUGUUGAAUAUGAAUAGACUUGUGUCUGGAAUCGACAACUAUGGACAGGGGAGGAAUCCAUUUUUUCUGGAACCAGCUCUUAUAAUUGCCUUCACAGAUGGAAAUAAGUUAACAAAUACUACUGGUGUACAAGAGGAGCUUCAUCUCCCUUUGACUUCUCCUCUGCCUGGAAGUGAGCUAACCAAAGAACCUUUCCGCUGGGACCAGAGGUUAUUUGCCCUGGUGCUGCGUUUGCCUGGGACGUUCUCAUCUGAGCCAGAGCCGCUAGGGAGCGUACCAAUGGAUGACUCUGUUAUUACACAAAUGUGUGAAGUUACAGGAGGCCGCUCCUACUGCGUGAGGACACAGAAAAUGCUGAAUCAGUGCUUGGAAUCUUUAGUUCAGAAAGUCCAGAGUGGCGUCGUUAUUAACUUUGAAAAAGCAGGACCCGAAUUGGUUGCUUUUACUGAUGGGAGAGGGAAGAGAGAGUUCUACAAGACAACAAAACCCACUUUCCAUCAGCCAUGGCACAACUGUCGAAAGCUCAUUUAUGUGCGCCCUAACCCUAAAACUGGGGUUCCUAUUGGACACUGGCCAAUUCCGGAAUCUUUUUGGCCUGAUCAGAACUCACCUACCCUGCCUCCUCGGACAGCUCACCCAGUUGUGCGAUUCUUCUGUGUAGACCAUGAGCCCAUGCUCAUCGAGAAACUGCCUUUUGACAAGUACGAACUUGAACCUUCACACCUAACUCAACACAUCUUGGAACGGAAGUCACCUCAGACUUGCUGGCAGGUAUUCGUGGCCAGCAGCGGGAAGCACAGUGAACUGGAACACCCUUUUGGGUACCUAAAGGCGAGCACCACCUUAUCAUGUGUCAAUCUCUUCAUCCUGCCUUACAACUACCCUGUCUUGCUCCCACUUUUAGAUGAAUUGUUCAAGGUUCACAAGCUUAAUCCAAGCCCGAUGUGGUGGCAGGAGUUUGAUGAAUACAUAAAAUCCAUGCCUGCAUACUUCCUAUCACCAUUAAAGAAAGCACUGAGGUUGAUGGGAGCUCCAAAUAUAUUAGCAGACAAUUUAGAACCUGGACUUAGUUACAGUGUCAUCUCUUACCUUAAAAAACUCAGCCAACAGAGCAAAAUUGAGUCAGAGAGAAGGAACGCAUUGGUGGGGAAGAAGCCACCCCAGGAGAAUGGAAUCAAAGUGAAAACCAUCUCUAUCGACUACCCUAUGGUUUCGAAUUUUGACCUUGACCCCUCCAUGCUGCCUGGAGUCUCAGGGCAAGCUUCAGCUAGAGUUAGCCUGAUGGAAUUGAAUGGAAAAGAACCAUCUGAGUUCGAGAUAGCACUUCCAAAGAAGGAGGCAAAGCUUCACCUGUACAAGAAUCCUUUUGACAUUCCUCGGAGCUGUCUUUUAGACCAAUUAACCAGAAUGAGAGCCAACCUGCUGAACACCCACACAAAUGUUGUUGGACAAAAUGAAGAUUUCUCUCACAGUAUUCCAAUUACACAAAUGGGCAACUACCAGGAAUAUUUGAAGACGAUGCCUCCCCCACUUCGGGAGAUUGAUUCAGACCAACCAAAAAGACUUCACACAUUUGGGAAUCCUUUCAAGCAGGUUAAGAAGGGGAUGAUGAUUGAUGAAGCUGAUGAGUUUAUGAUAGGGCCUCCACUCAAAGUUAAGUGCUGUGGAGAACUUUACCCUCUGGGAUCCCAGAAGAAAAAUCGAAGCUUGUCCCCAACUCCUCUAUCAAAGAAGCAACAAAGUGCAACCACCAGUGGAAAGGAACUGCCAUCAACCUCCUCGACGGUGUCAUCUUCAAGCUUCAAAAACCCCACCCCAUUAUACAAAGACACAAGUGUAGGCCAAGAAAGCAAUGAAGAAAGGUUGGAUGAUGAUCAGCGUCCAGUUCGUUCACCAUCACAGUCAGUUGAAACUACGGAUCAAGCUAGCGUUCUGAGAAAUGAUUUGGAUGCCCUGCUCAGCGAGUUGAAUAACUUGAGUGGUGGUUUAGUCUACACAGCUAGUGAUAACACAGUUGAUAGAGGCCCUGGAAAUUGCAAUCACUCCUCACAUGACCAAAGAGAAGAAGCAGCACAGUCAUCUUUGCCAUCUGGGUCCAAUUCACUGAACAACGUACCAGAGGAAAGUGAAGCUAGUUACAAAGUUCAAAUACUGAAGGAGGUGCGAAAGCCUGGAAGAAAUUACGAGAAGAUCUUCGCUGUGCUUGAAAAAGUACAUGGAUCUGCGGAAAUCCAGAAACGUUUGAUUUUUGUUGCAAUCAAGGAGGCAGCAAGGUUUAAAAAACGAGUCUUAAUUCAACGCCUUGAGACACUGUUAGAAGAACUACACUUCAAGAACCUCCCAACCCGUGCCGUUAAUGAUGCCCAAGAAGAGAUUCCAGUUGAAUUUCCAAAGUAA